AUGGAGGCUGCACAUGUUGCAAAUGAGGAAGAUCUCACUCAAAAUCAUCCACAAACCACUGUACCAGCAGCAACCAACUUGGUUACUCCAACAGCUAGUUCAGAACCAGCACCUUCGGUUGUCACAAGACCACCAGCACCAACACCAAAGAGGAGAGGCAGACCAUCUUUUGUAAGGGACAACCUAGUUCCACCAAGAAGAAGAGGCAGCACCACUCGAAGAGGACUGGCAGCCACUACAAUACCUCUAACUCCAACACAAAAUGCAGCAGCUGCACCACCACCCCCUGCUCAACCUAGGGUUGUCAGGCCUGAUGUUGGGUCUAGAUCCCAAAUUCCUGCAUCUCCAUCCAAUGCUGCAGUCCCAUGUAGUGGGACUGGAUCAAUGCCACAAGGUCCAUUAGUUAGGCCCACUCUUCAGGCCCAACCUACAGCUCCAUUUAGGCCACCAACUGUGACUAGGGAUACCAUGGCAGCAGCAAGCCCAACUACACAGAGCAUGUUCACAUGCUUCAUCCCACCCCAUCUUUGA